AGGAAAAAGUUACUAAAGCGUGGGUCGUUAGAGUCUUUUGAGUCGUUUGUCCGUUUCCACUUGCAAAAAUCAUUCAUGCGUGGGUAUUUUGGGUCGCGGAGAUAGAAUUUUUUUUAUCUCUGCGACAACUGUUGUUUGAGUCUUUUGGGUCUUUUUGGUUGUUGGCAGAUGAUUUCACUUAAAGGUGCCUUGAUAUCAACAAUAAUCUUCUAUGGUGUUGGUCUCAUUUCAAUCAAACUAUACUUGAAACUUGUACAACAUGGUUUUGGUGUUCCCAAUUUCAACCAUUUCCCAGGAAAAUGCCGUGUGAUGCCUCAAAUGGAAUGUGGUUCAGAAGAUGUUGCAGUUACUAAAGAUGGUUUGGCAUUUAUAUCAAAUGGAUUGCGAAUUAUACCAAAAUGUGAUCAUAAACUUCACAAGGGUGGAAUUUAUUUGUUUGAUUACAAAAACCCAACAAAAAAUGUUACAAGGCUGGAAAUAGUAUCAAAAACCAUUAAUUGGGAUGUUUUUGAUCCCCAUGGACUUAGUUUGUGGGAAAAUCAACAGUUUGGCAAUGUGAUAUUGUUUCUCAUAGAUCAUGGCAGUGGUGAAAAGGUACAUUUAUUUGAAUACAAACGGGAGAAUAAAUGGCAGUUAGUCCACAAAGAAACAAUCAUUGAUGCCUUGUUUGUUUGUAUUAAUGACUUAGUUGCAACUGGCCCACGCAGCUUCUACAUCACAAACUUCAUUGCCUUUUGUCAUGUUUCACAAGCAGCAGUUGCUGCAGAGUUUUUCUUAAGUUUGCCCACAGGCAACGUUGCUUAUUAUGAUGGUAAAAAGGCAACAGUAGUUGCUAAAGGUCUUUACAUGUCAAAUGGAAUAAAUUUGUCCCCAGAUGGGCACCAUCUUUUUGUAGCAGCUGGUUCAGCUCAUCAAGCUCUCAUCUUCAAGCGAGACAUUGAUGACAACACUAUUCGACUUACAAGUGAAGUGGAUUUAAUGACUUCUCCAGACAACAUAGAGGUUGACUUUGAGACAGGAGAUCUUUACAUUGGCUGCCAUUCAAACUACCGUCUGCCAUUUUCUGAAUAUAAUGGAACAUUUGCAGCCCCAUCCCAAGUCAUUCAGGUCAAGGCACACAAUAAAGAUUGGGGCAAUGUAAGCAUAACUGAGGUACUGCGUAGUGAUGGGAUCAAUUUUGUGCGUGGCUCCUCUGUUGCCAGCUUCUAUAAAGGCGGACUCCUGAUUGGGACAGUAUUCCAUCGUUUGGCAUAUUGUGAAAAUGUGAAGGUGCACAGUGUAUGAAAUUCAGCAUAAAUGACAUACACAAUUUCCAGUCCAUUGUAAAUUUUAAAUAAAUGAAGUUUUUUGACAAUAGUUUUAGACUGAAAAGUUGGAUGUGUGCAAAUUUGCAGUCAAAACAAA